AUGCAGUCCCAAGAGGCGUGUUCUUUAUUAGCCCUGAUUUCUGGUAUUAGCGAUAGUGAGAUAGGAGAACUAGUAGCUAAAGAACUCGACUACCAACCUCUUGCUUUAGCAAACGCAGCCACCUAUGUGAAGCAACUUCGACAGAGCAAACGUUUCUCAGAGUUUGGGUGGAAUGACUUUCUGAGGAAAGUAGAGAAAGGGCAACGUGAUGCGACAGAGACUCUACUUACAGAGACCAACCCAUGUUACAAGAAAUCGAUGACAACAGCAACAACACUGGCCGUUAAAGAAGUGAUGCAAUCAGACAGAAUCAUAGAUCAUGCAUUAAGUUUCCUCUCCCUACUUUCGUCACAGCCCUUAAAUGUGGAUAUCGUGGUGAAUUAUAUCGUAAGCGUCGAUGAAGGAAUAAAAGAUGAAGAGAUGAUAAUUAUGAAACUCCAAAGAUGUUCGCUAAUUUUAACACAUGAAGAUGAGUUUGGUUCCCACAUCCGGGUACAUCAGGUUGUGCGCGAUGUCGUUAAGUCUUUGAUUAAGUGCCAUCCGGAAAGCCGUCUCAAAAAAACGUUCAAUAGCGCUGUUGCGGCGUUUAACCAGUUUAUAGAUGACAAGUUACCGAAGGAAUCGUCAGAUUCAAUUUUGCAAAGCUACGCCCUUGCCCUACAUUUAAAAUAUUUCAUUCUUAGUUUUGAAAACGUACUUUCCAAAAUUGUCCUUUCCCAAAUCGUCCUGCCUGAAAUGGAAAAGCUCGGCAAGAUAUGUGAGAACCAUUGUCAUUUUCUGGCCGCGAAGAAAUUUUAUGAAUUUUUUAUUACAAUUUCUCCAAAAGUUUGGAAUUGAGCACACCAAUAUUGCAACUAGUUACAGUAACUUGGGUGUGGUGCACCACAAACUGGGCGACUUUGAGAAAGCCAAGGAGUAUCACGAGCUUGCUCUGAGUAUUACACAGAAAAAGCUAGGACCUGAGAAUGUACAAGUGGCAACUAGUUACAAUAACUUGGGUUCUGUUCACGAACAACUGGGCGACUUUGAGAAGGCCAAGGAGUAUCACCAACUUGCUCUGAGUAUUACACAGAAAAAGUUGGGACCUGAGAAUGUUCAAGUGGCAACUAGUUACAAUAACUUGGGUCUGGUGCACCACAAACUGGGCGACUUUGAGAAGGCCAAGGUGUAUCACGAACUUGCUCUGAGUAUUACACAGAAAAAGCUAGGACCUGAAAAUGUGCGGGUGGCAACUAUUUACAAUAACUUGGGUCUGGUGCACGAACAACUGGGCGAAUUUGAGAAGGCCAAGGAGUAUCACGAGCUUGCUCUGCGUAUUGAAAUGAAAAAGCUAGGACCUGAGAAUGUAUCAGUGGCAACUAGUUACAAUAACUUGGGUCUGGUGCACGACAAACUGGGCAACUUAGAGAAGGCCAGGGAGUAUCACAAACUAGCUCUGGGUAUUAAACAGGAGAAGCUAGGACCUGAGAAUGUGGAGGUGGCAAGUAGUUACAAUAACUUGGGGUCUGUUCACGAACAACUGGGCGACUUUGAGAAGGCCAAGGAGUAUCACGAACGUGCUCUGAGUAUUACACAGAAAAAGCUAGGACCUGAGAAUGUAUCAGUGGCAACCAGUUACAAUAACUUGGGUCUGGUGCAUGAACAACUGGGGGACUUUGAGAAGGCCAAGGAGUAUCACGAACUUGCUCUGAGUAUUGAAAUGAAAAAGCUAGGACCUGAGAAUGUGGAAGUGGCAACUAGUUACAAUAACUUGGGUCUAGUUUAUGAACAACUGGGGGACUUUGAGAAGGCCAAGGAGUAUCACCAACUUGCUCUGAGUAUUAAACAGAAAAAACUAGGACCUGAGAAUGUGGAAGUGGCAACUAGUUACAAUAACUUGGGUCUGGUGCAUCACAAUCUGGGCGACUUUGAGAAGGCCAAGGAGUAUCACGAACUUGCUCUGAGUAUUACACAGAAAAAGCUAGGACCUGAGAAUGUAUCAGUGGCAACUAGUUACAAUAACUUGGGUCUGGUGCACGACAAACUGGGCGACUUUGAAAAGGCCAAGGGGUAUCACGAACUUGCUUUGAGUAUUACACAGAAAAACUAGAACCUGAGAAUGUACAAAUGGCAACUAGUUACAAUAACUUGGGUUGUGUUCACGAACAACUGGGCGACUUUGAGAAGGCCAAGGAGUAUCACCAACUUGCUCUGAGUAUUACACAGAAAAAGCUAGGACCUGAGAAUGUACAAGUGGCAACUAGUUACAAUAACUUGGGUCUGGUGUACGAACAACUGGGCAACUUUGAGAAGGCCAAGGAGUAUCACAAAAUUGCUUUGAGUAUUACACAGAAAAAGCUAGGAGCUGAGAAUGUACAAGUGGCAACUAGUUACAAUAACUUGGGUUUGGUUAACGAAAAACUUGGCGACUUUGAGAAAGCUAAGGAGUAUCACGAACUUGCUCUGAGUAUUAAACAGAAAAAGCUAGGACCUGAGAAUGUAUCAGUGGCAACUAGUUACAAUAACUUGGGUUCUGUGCACCACAAACUGGGCGACUUUGAGAAAGCCAAGGAGUAUCACAAACUUGCUUUGAGUAUUACACAGAAAAAGCUA